CUCCCUCCCGCCCUCCGCCUUUCACUCUCUUUUUAAUGAUGGGUGUCUUCAUACAUCUCGGAGCUUUCUACUACUGUAUAGCUUUGCGGCAUAUCCAUAAUCCGUGUCUUUGUUAGUUUUGAGCUUGUUCUUUGCGAUUUUCCCCUUGUUUUUCUUCGAAAUGCUGCACCUUCAUUUCCGGGAAAUUGCUGUCGAUUCGGAAAAUUAGCGAACUUUUGGCGAAAUGAGCCUCGAUACGAUGCGGUUCUAGAACUUUCCGGUUUCUUUUGAUUUCUCUGUGGGCUCUAUGAGUUUCCCUUUGAUUAGAUAGAUGUUGUAACGAUUGUUUUGUUGAAUUACGAGAAAAAGUGUGCAAAAGUAAUGAAUAGUUGAGAGAAUUUAGUAUUAAAAAUUGAAUUGAAUAUAAUGGAGGUGUAUAUGGAUUUAUGUAUGGCCUCACAUUUGAUUUUUGUUAUACAGUGAGUAGGGGUAAAGUUAGAGUUAGAGUUAAAAUUUUAAAAUCCGAUUGCAAAACCAAACGAAGUAUAAUCCUCUUUGAAGAGUCAACGGGUUGAAGGUAAAGCCUCAAGGGUCUAAAUGGGCAGAUAGAUUUGAUCGUGAAAAGGGUUUUUACAAUUACAUGAAAAAGAAAAUGUUUUAGCUCUGAAUCAUUAGUAAGAUGAUCGCGAUGCGUGAAUACCGGCCUCUCAUAUGUGCGCUUGCUCACGGGGUUAUUGGAACCGAUGGGCUAGUGCAAUGUUAUAGGCUUGGGUUUGGCAACUGCGAAACAGCACGGGUUUUCAAUAGAAAUCCAAGUCCAUUCAGCAUCGGUGGGGAUCGACCUUCUAAAACUGAUCAUUACAACUGGACAUGUUACUCGGUGAUUAAUUAGUAUGCAUUCAUCGUAUUAAUGUGAAAAAAUUCAAAUUCGUUUUCAGUAUCUUCUACAUUUUAAGGACCUCGACUUUUUCUUGCAUCUUUUCCCAAAAGACGUGGUGUCUACAGUGAUCCUCGCUUUUGCUUCUCUUUGUUUAUUUCUUUAUUGAGAAAACUGGUAGUUGAAGCAUCCUUAUCAUGUUUUGGGAACCGAAGCAACAAUUAAGGUUUCAACUGUGUUCUAAAAGUCAAAUUGGAUUCGUGAUCUUGUAUAACAAUGAAAACAAUAAUACAAUUAAUAUGUAAAUAAAAUAAUUUGGAUAUCAAAAUAUCAUUUUUAUGAAAAUUUUAAUAUUGUCUGGAAAAUCCAACGACUGAAUAGAAGCCUUUGGUUUUACAAUUCACCAUAAUUUUCUUCUAAUUGACCAAAAGCGUGUUUCCAAUUGCCUGUUCAACUUUUAAUAGUCAUGAAAUGUAACGGUUGCGUCUUCACAGCAUCUUCCUGGUGGAUCCGAGAAGAAAAGAGUAUGACUUGUCAUUUUGUUUGGAUUUGGUGCUUUGUCUGUAUAGAAGGUUUUAGUUCAAUACCUAACUCUUAGGUUAGCAUGUGCGGGCUACACUGAAUCGUUAGUUGCAGUAUUAUACUCUUCUCGAAGGUGUCCCGUCUCUUGUUAUCGUCCCCGUCUUUACAACUUCUUAACGAACCUUCUCAUCAAACUGCUCUAUGUACAUUUUUCUUGCUCACUUGUUCAAAUCGAGAUCUGUUCAUUCUUGGACAAGGAACAACAAGCAAGUCCAGUCCAUGGCCUUUGAGCAGUACUUUUCUCAGGAAUGGAGGUCGACCCCAGCCACACAAGUUGAACCUGAAAAUUGUAAAGGCUGCUUCGACUGCAAUAUCUGCUUGGAAUUUGCGCAAGAGCCCGUGGUAACCCUCUGUGGUCACUUAUACUGCUGGCCCUGCAUCUAUAAAUGGCUCCAUGUGCAGUCCCUCUCUCUGGCCAUGGAUGAGCCCCCACAAUGUCCCGUCUGCAAAGCUGGGAUUUCUCACACAGCAAUGGUCCCUCUCUACGGGCGGGGCAGGCCUGAGCUUGAAGGAAAAGGCCUGACUCAACUGGGCACAGCCAUCCCUCCAAGGCCCGCAGCUUCUAACACCUAUUGCUUAACAUCUCCCCCAACUCGCAGCGCAGCCCAGCAGCUUCCUUACCGGAACCCAUAUCAGGAUCAUGCCAACAGCUUCGAUGACUCCUCAGGCGCACAGUCUGAGCUGUUCAGUCUCGGCGGUGCUGGGUUUCAGAGCCCGAUGGUUGGUAUGUUCGGGGAGAUGGUCUACGCGAGGGUGUUUCGCAACUCAGACAGUUUAUUCGGGUACAUUAACCCGUAUAACCUACGUGGCAGCAGCAGUAGCCCGAGGCUGAGGAGGCAGGAGAUUCAGGCGGAUAAGUCCCUAAACAGAAUAUCGAUUUUCCUCUUCUGCUGUUUCCUGCUAUGCCUUAUCGUGUUCUGAUUCGGAGCCCCUUCCAUUCGGGACUGUUGGGAUUUCCACUUUGUAGAAACUAGAAGGAAAUGUAUUGACGGAUCAGAUGAGGUAGUAGAUGAUAAUGUGAUGUAGUGUAAAUAAGCAGUUUCGUCUCAAUGCAAUCCUUUUCUGCCAACUCAA